UUUUCUUUUCUAAUUCCCAUUCCCAUUCAAUUCAAAACCCUUUACUCUCACUAUAUUUUCAGGUUUUAGCUCAAUUCGAUUCUCGUCUUCUUCUUCGAUUUUAGCAGCCAUGGCGAGCACCAAGGUUCAGAGGGUUAUGACCCAACCCAUUAACUUGAUUUUCAGGUUUCUUCAGAGCAAAGCGCGCAUUCAGAUUUGGCUCUUUGAGCAGAAGGAUUUGAGGAUCGAAGGCCGAAUCAUUGGUUUUGAUGAAUACAUGAAUUUGGUUCUGGAUGAUGCUGAAGAAGUUAACGUCAAGAAAAAUAGCAGAAAGACACUAGGGAGGAUCCUUCUUAAAGGAGACAACAUAACUUUGAUGAUGAACACGGGGAAGUGAUGAUCAACACAUUUGGACAGUGGGGAUAUCCAACAAGAAGGCUUAUUUAGCUUCCCCUUUUCAGUUUAAUCACUAUUUCUGCUGUUAACAUGUUGAAUAUGCUGUGGGAGAUAUAUUAUCAUGUAUGAACAGUGUUAAAUUUUUAUCCCAUUAGAUAAGUACUUAGUUGAGCUGCUUAAGAUAUUGGUUUGUUGAUCCACUUAGCUAUGCCUUCAUUCUGCCUUUAUGAGUAUCCAUCCGGCAUGGAGGCUAAUUGUAUUAUGAUUGGCAAAGUAUAACACCAAUGUUACAAGCUUCCCCAAUUUAUUUACUUUUUUCUUCUAUCA